CGAGGAGAAGGACUCAACGGGGAACGAGGGGGGCCGUCAAUGAGGACGGGAGACAGGUAGCGAGAGGGAGCAAGAGAAGAAACACCCAAAGGAGGCCCCGAUGAAUCCCGAAACAGAGGAAGACCUAACGGAGGCAGAGACCAAGGGUCCCGCCUACCUUGGAACUCUGGUGGGGGGGCCCCCAGCUCAGGAGCCGAUGAACCCCACCGAUGAGGAAGCCACCCGGUUACACCACGAGGAGCCCCACGCAAAUGCGGACUGUCAGGCCAAGAAAGAUCUCCUGACGGAAGAUGACAUCUACUGCUGCUCUCUCUCCAAGACUCUGUGCCACACCUCCACCCCCGUCACCGUGGGCUUCUACUCGCCCUGCGGAACCCGGCUCCACUCCCUCCUGGAGAACAAUGCAGAAUGUAUGCACAAAGAAUCCUGCAGGAGAGAAGAAAACGAAUACAGGAGAACCCACCAGAGGCCACGGCGACCGGAAGGAAUGAACUACUUCACUCUCCUGUGGUAUCUGGUCUUCUACGAGCCGGUGAUCACGGAAGUCCACCUCAGAAGGAAGAACAUCGACUUCAUUUUCAUCAGGUUCAGUGCCUGGCAGUAUGCCGGAAGUGACAAACUCUGGGCUGGGUUGGUCACCACCCUUUGUGAUCACAUCCGCCAACACUUUGGGCCUCUCCCACUAAGCUUCUACCAUGUCGUCGGGAGCAGGCCACGCUUUGCCUCGGGGUUCAGCCAGAACGAGUGGAGGCUCAAGAAGAAAGUUGUCGUCACUGCCGGAGGACUCGUGGUCAUGUUGCUUGCAGGGGUGAGCCUGGCCACGGUCGUCAUCUUUGUGCCAGGGAUAAGGGACGGUAGCGCCCUGAAAGUCAUCAGCGCAGUCUUUGCCACAAUCUCCGGCUCCAGCAUCAUCCUGGCUCUCGCUCCGGUCAUUAAACACCUGAUCAUCAGUCAGAAGAAAAAGAUCGAGAGCAUGACCAACAACCAGAAAUUCACCAGUCACUUGGGCUUCAUGAGCGCGGUCAAGAGAGAGAUUGAACUUCUCACCAGCUUUGUGUAUUACAUGGAGAUAUUUGAGAGGCAGCGGCUGAGAAUCGUCUUCGAGAUCACCAGCUUGGACAUAUGCUACCCAGAGCGAGUGAUCGGGGUUCUGAACGCCAUCAACACACUGCUUUCGGACACCAACGCCCCGUUCAUUUUCAUUCUGGUGGUGGACCCCUGCAUCAUUACCUCUUGCUUAGAGCAAGCGAGCAACAUGAAGGGCAUGGCUGACAAUGGCUAUCUCUACCUCAACCGCACGGUGUCGUUGCCCUUCUCCAUCCCGGAAAUUGGUGUCCGUUCCAAGAUGCGUUUUUUGCACGAGACCUUCCAAAACCGGGAAGACCUGAUGUACCGGAUCAUCACAAGGAAUGUGGAGCAGGGAGUCCGGAAGGGAAAAGGGAUGGACCCGGCCCUGGCUGAGAUGGAAGCGUCCGUGGAAAUGGACCAGCACCAGAUCGACGCCCAGGCCGUGCAAUAUAUCCACGAGGCGUUCCACUCCUUGCACGAUGAAUAUGGCUGCCUUUACAGGUACAUCCCCGAGAGCAUUAUCCAGAUGAAGAGGAUCGUCAACACUAUCCCCAUCACCCUACGGCUCAUGACCCAGCAGCACAGUCUCCGCCACGACAUCUGUCCCAGGUCAGUGGCGGGCUGGGUGGUCCUGGCCAAUCAGUGGCCGUGCCGCUUGAGCUGGAUCCUGCAGUGCAUGGAGGAUAAGCAGCAGUGUCGGCCGCCCAAGGACUUCAACCAGCAGCCGCUGUGGGAAGUGUUUGUGGGCAACUGCCAGGAACUCUUCUCCAAGCACAAGGACCUCCAGAACAUUAUGGCCCUGGACAGCGACCCGGAACUCUUUGAGCAGUUCUUGUCCCACGACUUCCCAUUCACCGUGCAGGAAGGGGCAAAGUACAUGAGAUAUACAGUCAACCUGGACCAUUCCAUCAGGCACCGGAUGGGUCAGCUGAGGGCGCUCGCUAUGCUGGAGAAGAUGUACAAGAAGGAAGACGGCUCGGACAAAAAGAAGAAGGAAGACGACUCGGACAAAAAGAAGAAGGAAGAUGACUCGGACAAAACGGAUUAGGAGAGUGGCUUUUCGGACUGCUCCGGGGAGUCCCGCUAUUAGAUAAGUAAUGGUGGAUGAGUUGUCCAAAGGGCAGCUUUGUCUGCUGUUGCAUAUAACUCCCCGGUGUGGAGGUACCUCGGGCUGUCUCCUAGGUAGGCCUUGCUUUCCAACUGCCUGUAGGGGGAAAAAUAAGUCCUGUCCCUUUAAUUACAGAGGGCAGCUGU